AUGUCCGUACUCUGUAUACGGCCGUAUACGGCCGUAUUUGGCCUAAUAGGAUACGGGAUACAGCCCGUUUUAUACGAGCCGUAUUUGGUGUCUCAAAGUCCGUUUAAGCGAUUUUCGGAUAUCAAUCGUUUUGUUCCUACGCUUAUGAAUGCAGCUGGAAGCCCAAGUCUCCUCUGUGUUAUUGGAAGCCACCUUCUAAUUCAUCUAAAAGAGGCAGGCGAGAGAGGGAUGAACGAAGGAACCAGUUACAGGUUGAGGACUCUCAGUGACAUUGGAUUCGCCGAAGAUGCUCCCACUGGCACAGCUACAGGCUCGAACGAAGAAUAG